GUAUCGCUUAAACCAAAUACAAUUUCAGUUUCAUUUUGACCAUUACAUAUUUGAUAUGUAACAGUAUAUAUAUGUUUUUGAUCCCGUUUUUAUAAUUGUGUGUUUAUGUGUAACGUUUUACAAAAAUUAAGAAAUUAAAACACCUGGAUUCACUGUUAAUUUAACAACAAAGUUUCAACACCGCAUCAUAUUACCCCAAUUAUACACUCAACAUCAAAUCAAGAUGGUUUUUUCCCCAUCUUCAUCGAUACCAAACACAAAUCCACUAACAGCGCAAGCUCACGGAGAUGCCGGUGCCAAUCAACAUCUUUCUUUGCACAAGAUAAGCGACAAUCAAAUUGAAGAAUUAGUUUCAGGUUCUGAAACUCCACUCGAUCAAUGUAACUUACCAUCUUCACGACUGCCUAAUUCGCAAAGCGAGGUUCACCCUAAAAAUUCGCAACAAAGUCUUCCGAUAGACAAUAAUCAAUUAAAAUGUUAUGAGUUGUUUGGUGAUUCUUUCUUUAAAGGUUUUUUUGUGGAUUGUUCAAUAUGCCAUCAAAUGGAUAAGGCUAGUGCAAAGUGUUACGAGUGCAAUACAUUCAUGUGCGAAAAAUGUGUGUUUGCACACAGAACUACGAACACUCAUCAUAUUUACAAUUUUGAUACUUUGGCAGAUAGACUAUCGCCAACUGUUAUCUCAGAUUCAGAACCGUCCACAUCUAGAGAAUCAAACAACGACUCAGUACCCACCAGUAACCAAUCAGAUCAUAGUAGUAUUACUAACUAUGCGUUAUCACGCGUAGUGGGAGCGGGCCGAAGAUCUAAUGGUGAAUCUUCACGUGACUCAUCCAGAACUUCCUCUAUUAAUUUACCAAGCCCAACUGAAAGUAGACGAUCCAGCGAUGAAAGCAUAGUUUCUAUACAAACUACGCUUAGUUCAAUAUCGGUCUCAAUCAACAUAAAUUCUAAUAACGGAAUUUUUAAUGCCUCUUCUCCCCAGUCCUAUUAUUCUGAAGUUCUUACUCCUCGCUCCAGCUUAUCUCCACCAUCAGCAAAAUCAGCGAACCAGCACAGCUUAUCUUCACCAUCAGUGAACCAGCAAAAGCGUGCUGAUUCACUUGCAACGAACGGGGAAGAAGAUUUUAAUGCAAAAGAAGAAGAAGGUCAGCUAAUUAGCCCAUCAAACAUAGUUUUUCCUUUUCGUUUUGAAUGGGGAAUUUGCGAUUUGCAUAAAUGCGAAUUUGUAUUUUUUUGUAAUGAAUGUAUGAUACCUGUCUGCAGUAUGUGCAUUACGAAUAUGCAUGAUGAACACCCAUUAAUUUACAUCACAGAAGCUGUUCAAAAAGUGGCACAAAUGUCACACGAUAUUAAUGGGCAAAUUAAACAAGUAAAUGUUAUUUUACGUCAAUCACUAGAUAACUUGCAAGGCAUGUCUGACUACAUCAACUUUAGGGCCCAUGAGGUUACCUCUAAAGUAAAGCAUUCUGUUAAAAGAAUUAUCACAGAUAUAGAGAGAAGACAGGAUGAGAUCUUACAAAGUCUGGAACAGGCCAAGCAAGUAAAGCAAACGCUCAUCAAUUUCCAAAUGGAGAAUAUUCGAUUAUGUUACUCGAGGUUAGCUCGCGCCUCGGACCUUAUGAACGAUCCUGUUACUCAUUUCAAUGCAUUUAGGAAAAUGGCUGCAAAUUAUCAAGCUUAUAAUGAAGUAAUACAAGCUAGGAAUCUUGGAAUUCAGAUAGGUCCACGUGAUGACAUUGGAUUUAUGUUUACAGAACCGACCAAUAUUCAUAUUCACAGUAUUUAUUUAGGUCAACUUAUCGUGUCCUCCAGUCCUAUAACUAAUAUGCUUUGUAAACAACCUUUACUUUACAUAGAUUGCACAGUGUCAGCUCCCAAACCUUCACUAAUUACAAAAUCCCGUCCAAUCUAUGGAUGUCGUGACACUGUGACAAUAAAGGAUUUCGGCAGAAUGCCCAAACUCGUAUGGGGCGAAAAUGGAGUACUCCCCGGAUAUCUGUCCCGACCAUGGGGUUUGGCUAUCAAUCGAUUCGGACAGAUGAUCGUUGCAGAUAGGAGCAAUGACCGAGUUCAGGUUUUUGAUUGUGAAGGAAAGUAUCUUUUUCAUUUUGGCUCACAGGGAAGCCAGAUCGGUCAGUUUGAUAGGCCUUCUUCAGUUGCCGUUAGUCCAAUUAAUGAUAACAUAAUUGUUGUUGAUAAAGACAAUCACAGGAUCCAAGUUUUCAAUAUGUAUGGAGACUUUUUAUUUACUUUUGGGGAAAAAGGAUCACGAAUAGGCCAAUUCAUGUAUCCGUGGGAUGUAGCCUGUGACGGCGAGGGAAACAUUUUGGUAUCAGAUGCCAGAAACCACCGCCUUCAAAUGUUUCGAUGGGACGGUAUCUUCAUAACAAAAUGGGGCAUAGAACGGAUUACUGAAAUCAUGGACACUCCUAGGGGUGUGACAUUCGAUCCUAUGGGCAAUAUCAUAAUGACCGAUUUUAAUAAGCACAGAGUAAUCUUAAUCGACAGAUACACAAACAAUAUGAGAUUUAUUGGAAAAGAAGGAAAAGAAAGAGGACAAUUUAAUAGGCCGCAAGGCGUAGUUUGUGAUGAUAGGGGAUGGUUUGUGGUUACUGACUCCCGAAAUUAUCGUUUUCAAGUCUUUAAUGAAAAGGGUGAAUUUAUGUGGAUGGUGGGACGGCAAGGUAAAAAAGAACCAGCGGAGUUUGACCGUCCUUGUGCCGCAGCUCUUGACCCUGAAGGUCACAUCCAUCUUAUGGAUUUCGGUAAUGAUCGAAUCCAGGUAUUUUAAAACAAAUACCUCUAUUUGUAUGUCCAAUUGUUCACAUACGUAACGUAAAUUUUUUCGAGCUAAAUGUUAUAAGGUAUUAUUCAUAUACGAGUACCUUACAAAUAAUAUAUCAGUUUAGAUACCGAAUUUUGUCCAGUAAAAGUGUCAAUCACUUUAACAGGAGUAUAACGUAAAUUUUUAUAAAUAAAUAAUUUUACUAUUGUUA